GGAAAUUUGGAGAAGGAUGGAAGAGGAUUUUGAUGAUGGAAGACGACUGAGAAUUGCAUGGUCAAAAGAUGGAAGGCCUUUAGAGCCAGGAUUAAAUGCUAAUAUUGAGGUGAAAUUUGCUGACAUCUUCGAUUUUAAAUUUAUUUUCAAGAUAAGCGAAUAUCCGGGUAAACGAUUACAGCUUCAUACAACCUCCAUAUCUGACUCAGGCGAAUACAAAUGCAUAGCAUCAAAUAGAGCCGGACAAUCUUAUGUCAAGUUUCUUGUUGAAAUUCUUUGUAUGCUUUUUUAUUUUUGUCACAAAUCUCCCCUUUUUAUUUAA